AUGAAGUGGUCAACUCUCCUCCCUCUGGCGCUCUCCACACUCUCUCUGCUCCCUUCCACAGGCGCAUGGGAAAUAACAUGGACCGACUCCGACAACCAAAAGCACAGCCAAUCCGGCACUGGCCCCAGCGACUGCAUCGUGAUCGAUAACCCCAAGGGCCACCUAUUCAAGAUCGACUCCCAGGGCGCAAAGGACAUCAACAUGCUCCUCUUCACAAACAACAAGUGCUCCGGCGAACCGGCGGGCAUGGCGACCGAGGUGUUCUCCAAGGAAUCUUCUCGGGAUCUGCUCGGCUUCAAGGUCGUCGCUCUGUCGUCAACGACCACCACGGCAACCGCUACGACGGGGAAGUCGGUCAGCCGAGUUGCGACGACGUUCCCGCCCACUUCGCCGAGUGAGACUGCCUCCACGAGUACCAGCGAUAGCGGCGAAUCGAUGACGAUUCAGCCAACGGAUGCGAUGAGCACAACUGCGACCACGACUUCGACUUCGACUUCUAAAAGCUCAAGCACCGCUUCCUCGACGACUUCGAGUGCGUCGAGCGCAGCUACCUCCAAUGCGGCAGGUCAGCUGGCUUCGAACGGGGAUAUGGUGAAGGCGCUCGUUGGCACUAUCUUCGGAUUGGGGUUGGUACAAUGGAUGAUUUGA